CGGUGAGGUUUCCACCUCCCAGGAGAGACACAACCAACCAGACUGAACCUCUCUAUCCUGAUCCCCACACACAGUAACUUCUGUCUGCAGAGAUCGUAAAGUAGCCAAACUAGUCUCUGUAGACAGACCGUUGCAUCAGGCAAUAUACCAAUGCUAGCUUACAUUGCUCCAAUGUCUGGGAUAUCCCAGACUAUAGCCUAACAGGAGUACUCUCAAAUCAAGUUAAUAUAUCUGGGCAUCCUAGCUUACAAGAUUGACCAGGCUUUGCCUGAUUUGAUUUAGAAGGCUUUAUUUUGGGCUUAACCUGACCAGAACAUUUUUCAUCAACUGUUUUGUAUCCUAGCAACCUGUCCUCUCAAGGGCUUGUCUACAGGUGAUAAACAUGGAGGUGCAUAAUGAGACGCAAACAGAUGAAUAUGAUUAUUAUGACCCAAAAGACUACACUGAAGGUUAUCCUGAUGAUAGCGAAACAGAAUAUAUCUGUAACCUUAAUCUCAACCGUGAUAUGGAGAUAGUCAUACAGACCUACGUCCAUUCCUUCAUCUGUGCAUUCGGUCUCUGUGGCAAUGCGUUGGUGAUUGUCACAUAUGCCUUCUACAAGAAAGCCAAGACCAUGACGGACGUGUACCUUCUGAACGUGGCUGUGGCAGAUCUGCUGUUCAUCGUGGCCCUGCCACUCAUCAUCUACAAUGAGCAGCAUGACUGGAGCAUGGGCUCAGUGGUCUGCAAGGCCCUACGAGGAGCCUACAGUAUCAACCUGUACAGUGGCAUGUUCCUGUUGGCUUGCAUCAGUGGAGACCGCUACAUCUCCGUCGUCCAGGCCAGGCGCUCCUUCGGCCUCCGCUCCCGGACCCUGAUCUACAGCCGCCUCAUCUGCACAGCCAUCUGGACACUGGCCAUAGCCCUGUCUAUCCCCACAGUCAUCUACAACGAGCGGGUUGAGGAGAACAACAGGUUGGGAAAGACUAUAGUCGUGUGCCAGGUGCAGUUCGAAAGUAACAAGACCGCCCGGCUGAUAAAAGUGCUGGUACCCAGUCUGCAGGUGACCAUGGGGUUCUUCCUGCCCAUCCUGGUCAUGGUCCUCUGUUAUGCCAGCAUCAUCUGGACCCUCCUGAGGGCCCACAGCACCCAGAGGCACAAGGCAGUGCGUGUGGUCCUAGCCGUGGUCGUGGUCUUCAUCGUGUGCCACUUGCCCUACAACAUGACCCUGCUCUACCACACAGUGGCUCUGUUCCAGCAGAGAGAGUGUGAGGGGGAGAAGGUCAUCCUCACCGCCCUCACCGCCACCAAGAGCGUGGCCUACCUCCACUGCUGCCUCAACCCCAUCCUGUACGCCUUCAUCGGGGUCAAGUUCAGGAACCACUUUAGGAAGAUCCUGGCGGAUCUGUGGUGCCUGGGCAGGAAGUACAUCUACCCCUCGGGUCGCUCCUCACGCAUGACCUCUGACCUCUAUAUCCCAACUCGCAAGUCCACUGACGGAUCCAACAACGAGAAUGGCUCCUCGUUCACCAUGUGAAGAUGGGUGUAGGUUGAGAUUGCCUCCAACUACUACGGGUGAUGAUAACAUGGUUAGUCAGGAAGUCCAGUAGUGACUGUUAUGUUCAAUAUGAGCAUUUGUUUGAUGCUGUAGCUACAGUACAUGGUAUUUGUCAUAUGGAUGCUGAUCAUUAUGUAUUGAAAUUGCUCUAAUGUCCAAUAUUCCUCUUUGCUUAUCAUUGCCAAUUUGUUUCACAGCAUGAUACUGCUUUUUGUCAAAAUAUAGCCAAGAAUUACUAAAACAUAAAAACAAUCAAAUAAAAAUGUACUGGAUGCAAUCUAAUAGAAUACAAUGACGCUAUGUGUCUUUAAAGUAAAUGUAUUUGUCUAGAACAGAUCUCAUCUCUCUAAAGUACAAAUAAGCAUUCACUAGUUCCAUGGGAUGUUUUGCAUAAACCAGUCUUUCAGUAAAAGUAAUGUGGUCCCAAAGGGGAGCUUUCCAAAUUAAAGUGUGUGGGCUACGGAGAGAUACAAAAUGCUGCAGUUUGAGGACAUAUGGUGGAGAGUGAUUCAGGAGCUGGAGAUGGGGGUGUGAGCAUGUGGGUCUGAGCAGGUGUGAUGUAGUUGAUGCUUGUGUGAUGUUGUCGUUUGUAUGUGUAAGUUUGUAUUGUUAAAAAAUAUAUAUAUACAGUACCAGUCAAAUGUUUGGACACACCUACUCAUUCAAGGGUUUUUCUAUAUUUGUACUAUAUUCUACGUUGUAGAAUACAAGUGAAGACAUCACAAUUAUGAAAUAGCACAUACGGAAUCAUGUAGUAACCAAAAAAGUGUUAAACCAACAUAUAUUUUAUAUUUGAGAUUCUUCAAAGUAGCCACCUUUUGCCUUGAUGAAAGCGUUGCACACUCUGUCCCGUGGCUCAAUUUACCCUAUAAGUUGUCUCAAGAGAACACAUUUUUGGGGAUAAGCUAUGUUUUCACAACUGUAAUGGUUACAUGACCUAUUUCCAGGGAUACACAACAUCCUGAAAUAUAUGUAGAUAUCUUUGUUAGAAAUAAUACUAUAUUUCCCUUGACGGAGUGUGCUGAAUUUAAAAAAUGCUUCAACUUACCCCACUCUCCCCUGAAGCCUUUGAAUACAGUAUACUGUAUUUACAAAAGCAAGCAUAGUACUCUCCCUUCUCUGUGCCCAUAAUCCCUACAAGACCCAUUAAGACCUUCCACUUUAUUUUCUUAACAUCCUGUUUUUUAUUAUAUUUAUAAGCUUUUCAGGUAAGACACCUUUGAACAACAAAUAGAGUUUUGGUUUGAGCAAAAUUAGAGGAGGGUAAGAGAAAAUAAAACAACUUCAUGCUAAGUUUCCACAUGAAAGCGUUCAAAGAUGAGCAGAGUCAAUAGGCAUAGAUAGAGUGGAGGAAGGGUAGCUAAAAGUGGAGACGACAACACAGCUGUACAACUGCGGUAUAAUUGGAAUGAUUUCAUAAUAGGAGAAGGUCUACAGUAUUUGUGUCACAGACGCCACCUAAUGAUGACACACUUCAACAAAAUCUAAUCAUAUAGACAGUCAAAGCAUCCUUAGGCUGCUUGAGAUACGUACUCAUUGUGAAUAGUGUAUUUUUGACUGAUUUCAGGUUCUCAUGACAAUCAGUGAUAUCAUAUGGUGUAUUAUAUGAGGUAUAGAUUCUAUCACAGUGUAUUAUAUGCACUAUAAACUAUAGCUAUAAAUAUGGCAGAAGAAUCGAAAAUGUGCUAUAUAGCAGUACAACAGACUCCAAGAGGAUAGAAAAUGCUUUGAGCAGUUCACCUCUUAUCUUCCUAAGAGAACAAUAUCUGUAGACAUGAAACUGUCUUCGAGCUGAGCUGUGAGCAGCAUUGUUUCGGUGGCUAUGUAGCUGUUGGUUAAUUACUGCAGUAGGCUAAAUCAGGGUCACACAGAGUGAUUCUUGGUAGUCUUAAACAAAUCUACUUUGAAACAAACUUAUACACCUCACACACAUGGUUAUGGGCUUAAAAAAAGAAGACACCUGUACCAUGUCAGAUAUUGUCACGGGUCCCUCCGGAAACUUUCAUUACGCACACCUGUCCCCUAUUCCCACUGAUUAGUACUUGUAUAAGUGUGCCCUUUGGUUCCAUUGGGCUGUAGAUUAUUGUUACAAUGUCCUUUGGUGCGCGUGAGUACCUGUGCAGUGUUGUUUUGGCUUUUGUGCCACUUGUAUUGUGCAGAUGAUUACGGUUUUCGUCCCCUGUGAUAAUCAUUGUGCGAUUGUGUAUUUAUUUGAGGUAGUCCUCGCUCUUUUGUUUGGGUUUCAACCCUGUGUUUUGUAUAGUGUUUGUUUGGUCUUCAUCCCCGUGCCUUUACACGGCACACCGUAAUUUGGGUGAAAUAAAAAAAUCU